GGUGGGUAGCCAUGUCCCUGACAAAGUUCCCAUUUUCACCUUCAUUAGGCCUUGUCUGUUGUCUCUUGCAUCUAGAUAACACACCGUUGGAAGGUCAAAGUAAUUUUCUUUCCCCUCCAACCCUCAAAGCACGGAACCAGAGUGGAAACCACAAAUCCCCUCGUUGUUACUGAGGUAAUUGUUGACUAUUAACUAUCCUGUACCCCUUACCCAAAAGAAGUGCGUGUCUAUCAUUUUACAUUUUAUUCGAUCCCAAAGGUUUCCUCAUUUUGCUUUCUCCUGCCUCCCUAACCUAUCACCAAUGUCUUCUCUUCUGACUGUCAUGCAUAAAAUAAGAUGCAAAACUGCCAUUCUCUGGAGCAUGUUCUCAAUCCAUAGAAAUUUUGCUUCCAGCAAUUGUCUGACAGUUUGGCUCAAAUCAACUCACAAAACUUCUCUGCAGGCCUGAAUGUUUCUUACGUUGACACAUAACUUUUGUCGAUCUUAUAGUUGCGUAUCUAUAAAUUAGGCAAUACCAUCUAUCGCCUAGGCCCUAGGAUUAUGGCGAGGACUGUAUGAGAUGGACCUAGAACACAUGACAGGCCCUGGAUUUCCGUCACUCCUGUAACAAGUAUUUACUGAGCUACUGUGACUGGGCUGUGACUGACGGGUGGGGGGAUGAAUAGAAGGAGAAAACCUGGGCACAAGGGCGGGACUUCAAGGGGAAGGCCUCCCAGCCCCGCCCACGUGCUCCCACCGGCUCCUUGACAGCCGCCCAGAGCGCUUGACACGCCGGAUAUGACGUCACCACCCGAGGUUUCCAGAACGAGGCGGUGGGACCGGAAGUGAACCCGGGGGGCUGGGGGUGUUCCAGACUGACCGGAUGUGGGCCCAGGCCGGCUUCCCAGCCCCAGUUCCCGGGAGCUGGUCGAGGGGAGCGCGAGGAAGGCGGGCCGCGGGGCGGGGCCGCUGCAGGGGCGGGGCCUGCAGGCUGUCCGGCGGGGGCGGGACCCCUCGUCCCUGCGGGACCCCUUGUCCCGGCGGGACCCCGCCUGCCCGGUCGCCGGCGGCGGCUCGGCCAUGAAGCUGAAGCUGAAGAACGUGUUUCUCGUCUACUUCCUAGUGUCGAUCGCCGGCCUCCUCUACGCGCUGGUGCAGCUCGGCCAGCCAUGUGACUGCCUCCCCCCACUGCGGGCAGCAGCAGAGCAGCUUCGGCAGAAGGAUCUGAGGAUUUCCCAGCUGCAAGCUGAUCUCCAUCGUCCAGCCCCUGCCCCUGCCCAGCCCCCUGAGCCUGAGGCCCUGCCUACUAUCUAUGUUGUUACCCCCACCUAUGCCAGGCUGGUGCAGAAGGCCGAGCUGGUGCGACUGUCCCAGACCCUGAGUCUGGUGCCCCGGCUGCACUGGCUGCUGGUGGAGGACGCGGAGGGCCCCACCCCGUUGGUCUCCAGGCUGCUGGCUGCCUCUGGCCUGCUCUUCACACACUUGGCGGUCCUCACUCCCAAGGCCCAGAGGCUCCGGGAGGGCGAGCCAGGCUGGGUCCGUCCCCGCGGUGUAGAGCAACGGAACAGGGCUCUGGACUGGCUCCGGAGCGGAGGGGGCGCUGUCGGGGGAGAGAAGGACCCUCCGCCCCCGGGGACCCGGGGAGUUGUGUACUUUGCUGAUGAUGACAACACCUACAGCCGGGAACUCUUUGAGGAGAUGCGCUGGACCCGUGGUGUCUCCGUGUGGCCUGUGGGGCUGGUGGGCGGCCUGCGGUUCGAGGGCCCGCGGGUACAGGAUGGCCGGGUUGUGGGCUUCCACACGGCGUGGGAGCCCAACCGGCCGUUCCCAGUGGAUAUGGCGGGAUUUGCAGUGGCCCUGCCCUUGCUGUUGGCUAAGCCCAAUGCCCAGUUUGACGCAACCGCUCCCCGGGGCCACCUGGAGAGCAGUCUCCUGAGCCACCUGGUGGACCCCAAGGACCUGGAGCCACGGGCUGCCAACUGCACCCGGGUUCUGGUGUGGCACACGCGGACG